GAUCAAGGAAACGGAAAAUUUAAUCUAAUGAUUCUAUGUUGGGGUGAAGGACAUGGCAGCAGUAUCCAUGAUCACACCAACUCCCACUGCUUUUUGAAGAUGCUGCAAGGAAAUCUAAAGGAGACAUUAUUUGCCUGGCCUGACAAAAAGUCCAAUGAGAUGACCAAGAAGUCAGAAAGAACCUUGGGGGAAAACCAGUGUGCCUACAUCAAUGAUUCCAUUGGCUUACAUCGGGUAGAGAAUGUUAGCCAUACGGAACCUGCCGUGAGCCUUCAUUUGUACAGUCCACCUUUUGAUUCAUGCCAUGCCUUUGAUCAAAGAACAGGACAUAAAAACAAAGUCACCAUGACAUUCCAUAGCAAAUUUGGAAUCAGGACUCCAUUUACCACUUCAGGGUCACUGGAGAACAACUAAGGAGAAGCAAGGCGCUUUUACUUUAAGGUCUGCUGAAAGUUUUGCCUCGGACGGGAAGGCCUCCCACCAUUUGCUGUUCAACAGUACACUUUACAAAGCCAAUACUUAGAUCUCCUGUAAGUCAGAUGGUAAUUAAUAAGGCAUUAAGUAAGCAAAUAGUGCCCUGAGCUACUGCAGAAGAAAAAUCCCACUAAAGAAAAGAAAAAGGCUUGUGAUUGUAAAGGCCAAACCAAGUGCUCUCCUGGUUUUAUCCUCUAAAUCCAUUGAACCAUCCUGGAAAUGUCAGUGAAGGUUUUUAUAGCUUUUGGAAACACUUUGUUCUCUGAACUGUAAUUAGCAAUAAAUAAAAACAAGACACCACAGCCA